UCAAAAUACGAUGGUUCGUAAAUUGUUCUGGUUCAGUGUUAGAAACGAGACAACGACCUUAGAUUUCCCCCCCAAAUAAAAAAAAUGGUAAUUUCAUUCAUCUCGCUUUAGUAUUAAUUUAUUAUUUGAACUACAUCUCUAUGGGAUGAACAUUAAUCAUGAUAUUAUAACACAUUGAAUAUUAUUCACUAUACGGGAUGAACAUUAUAUAAGCCAACAGUGAACGUUUGUGGGUGAUGAAUGAUUUGGAAGUGGACAUGGAAACUGACUGAGAGUUGUCCUGAAGGAAGGGGGAUCAUACAUUUCAUCAUGGCCGGUGAACAAAAGGUAACCGUUAGUUUUUUGGUGGACAAGGCGAAGAAAAGGGUGGUGCUGGCCGAAGCGGACAGCGACUUUGUAGACAUGCUCUUCAGCUUCCUCACCCUGCCACUGGGAACCGUCGUCAGGCUCCUCAACAACCAAUCUAAUUUUGGAUGCAUGGACAAAUUGUAUGGGAGCGUCGAGACUCUUGAUGUGCGCAAUUUCCAGACUGAGGCAUGCAAGACCAUGCUUCUCUUCCCUCAAAGCGCUGCAGCUGAACGAUGCGAAGAUCUGAAAGUAAAUAUUGAUAGCACGGAGCCUAAGCCGAGGCUUGCCUAUGCUUGUCGAAAGCCCGAUUGUUGUUCCAAGGCCACCUGCUUGGCUAGCUCUGUUUCGAAUGCACGGUGUCCUCACUGCCGAGAAACUAUGGAUUCACCUAAAACGUGGGCUAAAGGGGAUGUGCAAUUUGUCAAGAGUGGAGAUAAGUUUAUGAUUACCGAUGACCUUCUUAUAAGUCUAUUUUCUAUGGAGAAUUACCUGUCUUUAAUUCAGAAACUGGGAGUAGAAGAUGCAUGCAUUCUCGAGGAGAAGGUUAUGGAUCUUGGUAUUGAAGAGGAGCGAAAAGAUCAGGAAGCGGAGCAAAACCCUGGAAACCCCCAAGAGGAGGAGGAGGAAGAAGAAGAAGAAGGUUGUCCUGAAGGAAGGGGGAUCAUACAUUUCAUCAUGGCCGGUGAACAAAAGGUAACCGUUAGUUUUUUGGUGGACAAGGCGAAGAAAAGGGUGGUGCUGGCUGAAGCGGACAGCGACUUUGUAGACAUGCUCUUCAGCUUCCUCACCCUGCCACUGGGAACCGUCGUCAGGCUCCUCAACAACCAAUCUAAUUUUGGAUGCAUGGACAAAUUGUAUGGGAGCGUCGAGACUCUUGAUGUGCGCAAUUUCCAGACUGAGGCAUGCAAGACCAUGCUUCUCUUCCCUCAAAGCGCUGCAGCUGAACGAUGCGAAGAUCUGAAAGUAAAUAUUGAUAGCACGGAGCCUAAGCCGAGGCUUGCCUAUGCUUGUCGAAAGCCCGAUUGUUGUUCCAAGGCCACCUGCUUGGCUAGCUCUGUUUCGAAUGCACGGUGUCCUCACUGCCGAGAAACUAUGGAUUCACCUAAAACGUGGGCUAAAGGGGAUGUGCAAUUUGUCAAGAGUGGAGAUAAGUUUAUGAUUACCGAUGACCUUCUUAUAAGUCUAUUUUCUAUGGAGAAUUACCUGUCUUUAAUUCAGAAACUGGGAGUAGAAGAUGCAUGCAUUCUCGAGGAGAAGGUUAUGGAUCUUGGUAUUGAAGAGAUAUUGACAUUGCUUGGAAGAUUUCUGGUCUCCAAUUCUCCACUCACUGACUUGGUUUUCAAAAAUAUGGGUGUGACUGAUGAUGUGUCAAAAGGAAUUGGUAUUAAAAAAAUGAUACAAGUUAAAGGAGAAGGCAACACAGAAGCUGAAUCAAAAGAAACACACGUCAAUUUAAUUUUAAACAAAUCUACGAACAAAGUGUCAUUUGUGGAAGUUGGAGAAGAAUUUGUGAACGUUAUAUUCAGUUUCCUGACCUUGCCUCUUGGUUCUCUGAUCAAGCUUCAAACUAAGAAGUCGUUCUUGGAAUGUGUUGAUAACUUAUAUCAGAGUGCUGAAAAUUUGAGUUUGGACAAUUUCAAAUCUGAGGAGUGCAAAAAUAUUCUUAUCUCUCCUAAGCUCGCCCCCUUCUUUGGCUACACUGGCAGCAUGCUGGAGAUGGAUGAAAUUGCUCCGCGUGAAUCCUCUUGCCGUGGUUGUUACGUUUGCUGCUGGAGAAACGAUAAUACAGGUUGUUCAGUUUCAGAAUGUGCCCACGGUGUGAAGCAGGCAUAUUUUAGACUGUUAAACCCAAAAUCUCCAGAGGGAAGUACAGAAAUCGGUGGAGGAUAUGCUAAGGGAAAAUUCUUGGUGACUACUGAUCUUUGUGUGUCUCAAUUAUCUGCCUCUUCCUCAAUCCAAAUUAUCAAGAAUCAGGAUAUUUCCUUAAGCGAUCUAGUGAUGAAGAGGGCCACAUUCGGAGAAAUCCAGGCCCUUGAUCUACUUAGAUCUGCUGUAACUUCUAAAACUCCGAUUGAUGAUGUGCUAAAUACUCAUCAGAAAGCGAAAGUGAAAGAGGAAUUCGGUUGCUAAAGAAGAAAUUAAGUCACUUGAUUAUUACAUAGUUACCUUUUUACUAUGAUUUGUGAGUUUUGUGAACCAGCAAGUGUGUAACAAAACACUAUGAAAAUCUGGAACUCUUUUUAUUAUGUUGUUGUGAAGAUCAUAUGUUCGCUCUCGUUAUCAAACUAAUUUCUGCUGUAUAAA